AUGGCAAUGCGACGCUCAGCGGCGCAGCUCUCUAAGAGCUUGGCCAAGACACCGGCAGCCAUGUCUUCUCGAAAGCUCACGCUUCCGAAGGACCUCGCAAGCCAAUCGCGAAAGCUUGCGACGGUGCCACCAGUCACACAGGAUGCGACAGGGUCGAAAGGCCCGACGGCCAUGGUCUUUCUCAACAUGGGCGGUCCUCAAACUACAGAUGAAGUUGGAGACUUCUUGAGUCGACUCUUUGCGGAUGGCGAUUUGAUUCCCCUCGGUCGUUUCCAGAACUAUGUUGGUCCUCUGAUUUCGCAAAGACGGACGCCCAAGAUUCAAAAACAAUAUGCUGAAAUUGGCGGAGGCUCCCCCAUCCGCAAGUGGUCCGAGUACCAGAACGAGGAGAUGUGCAAGAUUCUCGACAAAAUCUCUCCCGAGACAGCACCGCACAAGCCUUACGUUGCGUUCCGAUAUGCCAACCCCUUGACAGAAGAAAUGUACAACCGACUACUGGACGACGGGUUUGGUCGUGGCAAGGGAGGUCGAGCUGUCGCAUUCACUCAAUACCCGCAAUACUCUUGCUCGACCACAGGGAGCAGCAUCAAUGAGCUGUGGAAAUGGAGACAAAGACUAGAGGGCAAGGAUGCGGCCUCAGGCGUUCCUGGCGACGGUACCAUCAACUGGAGUGUCAUCGACCGAUGGCCCGUUCACUCAGGUCUGGUAGAGGCGUUUGCGCAGAACAUCGAGAAAAAGCUACUUGAGUACCCCGAAGAGCGUCGCAAGGACGCUGUCCUGCUCUUCUCCGCACACAGUCUGCCCAUGUCUGUGGUCAACCGAGGCGACCCCUACCCGCCCGAGGUUGCCGCCACAGUCUACGCUGUCAUGCAGCGGCUCAAGUUCUCAAACCCCUACCGUCUCUGCUGGCAGUCUCAAGUUGGCCCUUCGGCGUGGCUUGGCCCCCAGACUUCGGACACUGUUGAGGGCUAUGUCCACAAGGGCCAGAAGGACCUCGUCCUUAUUCCCAUCGCCUUUACUUCUGAUCAUAUCGAGACGCUGUAUGAGAUUGACAAGGAAGUCAUCCCGGACUCCGGCUCUCCGGAUACUGUGAAGCGUGUCGACAGUCUCAACGGCAGCCCGGUCUUCAUCCGUGCGCUGGCCGACAUUGCCAAGGCUCACCUUGACAGUGGCAUUGCUUGCUCGCCGCAGAUGGAGCUGAGGUGCCCUGGCUGCAAGAGCGAACGCUGUGCGGAGUCUAAGAAGUUUUUCAGCUCCCAAGGUCGAGUGCUCGGAGCAGGAGAUGUAGCUCUGUAA